AUGUCUUCGACCGCUCUCCGUUUCCGUACUGCGAGGGCGUACACAAGAAACAGUUCCAAGCAAUCCAUUCUUUUAGCACGAACAUUUGCUUCCACAACAAGACGAUAUGAGAUCAAUAAGGUCCUCCCUUCGGCAGCCGAAGCGCUCAAAGAUAUGAAACCGAAUAGCACAGUUCUAUGCGGUGGAUUUGGCCUAUGUGGAGUUCCAGACACCCUGAUUGAUGAAGUGAUCAAUAAGCCGGAAAUCACCGGCAUCACAGCUGUCUCGAACAAUGCUGGGACGGACACUUCUGGCCUAGGCAAGCUCCUGAAGACGAAGCAAAUUAAGAAGAUGAUUGCGAGUUAUAUUGGAGAGAAUAAGACCUUUGAGAAGAUGUACCUAACCGGAGAGGUCGAAUUGGAGCUCACGCCCCAAGGAACCCUGGCAGAGCGUUGCGCAUCUGGAGGUAAAGGAAUACCCGCCUUUUACACACCAGCAGCGUUCGGCACAGUUGUGCAAACGGGAGAACUGCCAUUAAAAAACAAUCCUGAUGGGACACCACACCAAUACUCAUAUCCCAAAGAUGUCAAGGUUUUCGACGGCAAGCAAUACCUUCUAGAGGAGAGCAUCAAGGGCGACUAUGCGUUUGUCAAGGCGUACAAGGCAGACAAGCUUGGGAACUGCCAGUUUCGUCUCACAGCCAACAACUUCAAUGGUGCAAUGGGCAGGAAUGCCAAGAUGACUAUCGUGGAGGCUGAGCAUAUCGUUGAGCCUGGUGAGAUCUCACCAGAAGCUGUUCAUUUGCCAGGUAUCUAUGUCAAACGAGUCAUUCAGUCAACCACAACCAAGAACAUUGAGAAGUAUACCUUCGCAAAGGAUCCAAAUGACCCUGAGGCAAAGGCUGCUCUCGGAAGCGGUGAAACCGCGGCAAAGAGAGAGAAAAUUGUCAGGCGAGCAGCGAAAGAAUUUAAGAACGGCAUGUACGCCAACCUCGGUAUUGGAAUGCCAAUGUUAGCUCCUGCAUUCGUUGGUCCAGAAGUCGAGGUACAAUUGCAAUCCGAAAAUGGAAUUCUCGGACUUGGUCCGUACCCAGUGAAGGGCAAGGAGGACGCUGAUCUCAUCAAUGCUGGCAAGGAGACCGUCACAUUGAAGCCAGGUGCGGCUGUAUUUGGCAGUGAAGAGAGUUUCGGCAUGAUCAGAAGUGGUCGUGUCAACUUGACUAUCUUGGGCGCUAUGCAAGUAAGUGGAAACGGCGACUUGGCAAACUGGAUGUUGCCGGGAAAGAUAAAGGGGUUCGGUGGGGCUAUGGAUUUAGUGAGCAAUCCUGAGAAGACGAAGGUUGUUGUUACGAUGGAGCAUACAGAUAAGAAGGGGAACGCGAAGAUUGUGAAGCAGUGUGCAUUCCCGCUUACUGGGAGGGCUUGUGUAUCGAUGAUUAUUACGGAAUUGGGUGUCUUUGAUGUGGACAUUGCAACCGGAUUGACGUUGGUUGAGAUUGCUGAUGGUGUCACUGUGGAAGAGAUCAAGAGCAAGACGGAAGCACCUUUCAAGGUGGCAGAUGACCUGAAGCCGAUGUUGUAG